GAACCGUUACCAAUUGAUGGUCAUGGUGAUACGUAUUGUGGAGCAACCUUGGCGAGUGUGUGAAUAACAGCCAGCCGGGUGCACUUCCAGCAGCUGCUGCUGCCGUGCCGGCCGGCUGUGUCGCCAGUCAGAGGCAGAGGACCCGACCAUCUGAAGCGGAGUGGGGGUAGCUAUUUAAGCUGCUUACAGCCCGGCCAGCAGGCCCACGGUUGAACUGAUGCGAAGAAUGGACGGCUUCAUCACCGCAGUGAAACAUGGCAUGUAAAAAGAGGCGUUGUUCAGUACUGCUGGCAUCGACAUAACUGGACCAGACCUUCUGAAGGAAUGUUCACCCUCACAGAAGUCGCCGCCCUGAAUGACAUCCAGCCAACUUACCGCAUACUGAAACCAUGGUGGGAUGUCUUCAUGGACUAUCUCGGUAUUGUCAUGUUGAUGUUGGCCAUAUUUUCUGGAACGAUGCAGUUAACUAAGGACCAAGUGGUUUGUCUUCCCAUUCUGGAGCAAACAGAUGGGGCUGGACGCUUCUUAGGACCCCAACCACCAGAGACAGCUGAUAGUUUAUGGAACAAAGAAAGUGCCAUUGGAGAGCAAGCUGCUCCUUUAAUGGCUAAAAGGCCCCCUGAUAGCAUCGCCCCUACAGUUCCCUUCACGCAGUCAGGUACUUUUGGGCAGCCUCAGCCUACAGGUGUCAGGACCAAACUGGAUUUUCAGCAGUAUGUUUUUGUCAACCAGAUGUGCUACCAUGUUGCCCUUCCUUGGUAUUCCAAAUAUUUCCCAUACCUUGCUCUAAUCCACACUAUUGUAUUAAUGGUCAGUAGCAACUUCUGGUUCAAGUACCCAAAGACAAGUUCCAAAAUAGAACAUUUUGUUUCCAUACUGGGAAAAUGUUUCGAAUCACCUUGGACUACCAAAGCUUUGUCCGAGACUGCUUGCGAGGACUCGGAGGAGAACAAGCAGAGACUGGCCGGUGCCUCCUCCCUCCUGAAGCAUCUGUCCACAAGCAGCGAGGAGGGGAGUCCAAAUCAGUCCGCCCCAAUGCUGACUAAAUCUGGUGUCACCUUUUCUGCUGAAAAGCUUGUGAGCGAAGUUCCCGCCAUGACCAUCCUGGACAAGAAAGACGGCGAGCAAGCUAAAGCCCUGUUCGAAAAAGUCAGGAAAUUCCGUGCCCAUGUGGAAGACAGUGACCUGAUUUAUAGGCUGUAUGCCAUUCAGACAGUCAUCAAAACAGUCAAGUUCAUUUUGAUCCUGUGCUACACGAUGACUUUUGUUGCCUCUAUAGAUUUUGACCAUGUGUGUGAGCCUGAUAUAAAGCAUUUGACUGGAUACAAAAAGUUCCAUUGCACACACAACAUGGCAUUCAUGUUAAAGAAACUCCUUGUUAGUUAUAUUGCUCUCAUAUGCGCUUACGGUGUAAUCUGUAUUUACACACUGUUCUGGCUUUUUCGGCGACCACUUAAAGAGUAUUCUUUUGAAAAAGUCAGAGAGGAGAGCAGCUUCAGUGACAUUCCAGAUGUUAAGAAUGACUUUGCGUUCCUCCUCCACAUGGUCGAUCAGUACGACCAGCUGUAUUCAAAGCGUUUUGGUGUUUUUCUCUCUGAGGUGAGCGAGAACAAACUUCGAGAGAUCAGCCUGAACCAUGAGUGGACCUUUGAGAAGUUACGGCAACACGUGACGCGCAAUCCUCAAGAAAAGUUGGAACUCCAUCUUUUUAUGCUGUCCGGAGUGCCAGAUGCUGUAUUUGAUCUCACCGAUUUAGAAAUCCUUAAACUAGAAUUAAUCCCUGAGGCCAGAAUAACAGCUAAGAUUUCACAAAUGAUAAACCUCCAGGAGCUGCACUUCUAUCACUGUCCGGCCAAAGUUGAACAGACUGCUUUCAUAUUUCUUCGUGAUCACCUCCGGUGCCUUCAUGUCAAAUUCACAGAUGUCGCUGAGAUUCCUAGCUGGGUAUACUUGUUGAAAAACUUAAGGGAACUGUACUUGGUUGGUAACCUCAACUCUGAAAACAACAAAAUGAUCGGACUUGAGUCUCUGCGAGACCUCAGGCACUUAAAGAUUCUCCAUCUCAAAAGCAACCUCACAAAGAUCCCGACAAACAUCACAGAUUUGUCUCCACAUCUGAUCAAGUUGGUUAUUCAUAAUGAUGGUACAAAGCUCUUAGUGCUGAAUAGUUUGAAGAAAAUAAUGAAUCUCGCCGAACUUGAGCUUCUUAACUGUGAGCUGGAGCGAAUUCCCCACGCUAUAUUCAGUUUGAAUAACCUUCAGGAACUGGAUCUAAAAUCCAACAACAUUCGUACCAUUGAGGAGAUCAUCAGCUUUCAGCACCUCAAGAGACUAACGUGCCUCAAACUUUGGCACAAUAAGAUCAUCACCAUUCCAUUGUCAAUUAGCCACGUCAAAAACCUUGAAUCACUCUAUCUCUCACACAACAAGCUUGAGUCUCUACCCUCGUCGCUAUUCACCCUUCUCAAGUUGAGGUACCUCGACGUUAGCCACAACUCUAUAGUGGUUAUACCAUUGGAGGUUGGCUUUCUGCAGAACCUCCAACAUUUUGCCAUCAAUGGCAACAAAGUCGAGGUAGUUCCCAAGCAACUGUUCAAGUGUAUCAAAUUGAGGACAUUAUGUCUCAGCCACAACUGUAUCUCCUCCAUUCCAGAGAAAAUUGGCCAACUCUCGCAGCUGACACAUCUGGAACUGAAGGGAAACUGUCUGGAUCGUCUCCCGGCUCAGCUCGGUCAGUGCGGCCUCCUGCGCAGGAGCUGCCUGAUUGUGGAGGAUCAUCUCUUUGACUCGCUCCCAAUGGAGGUCAAAGAGAGCAUCAAUCAGGAAUCUAGUGUUUCUUUCCCAAAUGGGUGUAAAUGUCUAAGUGAUGGGCGGUAGUCACAUCCAAUGUGGCAUCAAAUAUCAAUCAUUUCAUCUUUGGUGUGAAGAACUCUUUUUUUUUUUACUAUGGCAAUAGAAACAGUAGUUCAGAGUACGGUAUUGGUGCUCUCCAUGGUGUUUUAGCAACUUAGAAAAUGAACAUUAGCACAGCACACACAAGGUUGGCACUAGGGAUGAGCAAGUACACCGUAACUGUUUUCGUAUCUAUUCAACCAGCUAAAUUGCCUGUCUCAGUACUUGAACUGGAUGGAGUCUAAACUGGAAAGGGCAGAGCUUAAACCGAAAGUUGGUCGGACUUGACUGGAGGUUGAUAUUUUAAGCCUAAAAUUUAUAUGGGAGACAUUUUAGUGGAUAUGGAGUCCAGAAAUGAUCAUGGCUGCUGUCAUUUCUAUGAAUAUUUUGUUCAUUUUGUUUUCUGUUAAUGUAAGUGCAUAGUAGCAGUACACCACCCUGCUUAUAUUUUUUACCUUUUGUAUGCAAAACUAUGUACAAUGGAUGUAUGGAAAUUUGUAUAGUUUUGAAACAAUCCCCCUUUUUACCUUAAGGAUUUAAUUUUGUUAUUAACUUCACAUUGACCCCAACCUGAAGGGAUGGUUCACUCAAAUAACAAAAAAACAUCUCACUUUUCUUGUAGUGGUACAUGUUGGAUCUCUGCCUGACACAUGACCCCUGCAACAUAUAAAAAUGUGAUGACUGGUGUUUUAAGGUUAGGCAACAAACUACUUGGUUAAGGUGAGGUAAAAAUCACAGGGUUAGGCUAAAAAAACAACGACAUAACUUCCAGCAACAGGACGCAAAGACCAGUCUCCAGGUUUAAAGUCUUGCGCUGGUUGGUGCCGUCCAUUCUUCCUCCUUCCCGUUGCUCGCCCAAGAGUGGACCUGCGUGGCUUUUAACAUAUCAUAUUGCUUUACAACAGAAAUGUACAGUGCCAACAUGGGCUGCACUCACAGCAACAAAAUAAUACAUUUGAAAAUAUUCAAAAGCAACACUAAUUUCCGGUCUACUUGUCCCCAUUACCCUGGAUAAGAUACAGCAGCUUUUAUUACACCUACACUUUAUAAAGGAAAUAUUCUUCAUGAAACGUGUUUACAGCAAGUAUGUUCAUUAUACAGAGUGACUGGGACAUCACUUCGGGAAGGAGAUUUUCCUUUGGAUAUUUUCAACCUAGUUCUCUUUAAGUCAGGCGACAUAGUAUAAAGAGCGAGAAAGUCCACUUGAGGAAGACAGGGUUGAUGGAUCGGUCAAACGAACACAUGUCCUUCACCAAUGAGACCGUUGUUCGUGUCCUAUGUGAAACCAAAGGCAACUUGACAACUUGUAUACCUGACUAAUUUACGCAACAAACAAACUUUUUAAAAUCCAAACCAUGAUCUUUUCCUAAACCAAACCAAGUUGUUUUGUUGAAUUCACGAGUUGAAUUCAAGUUGUGACCAUGCAUCCAUAUGGGACAAGUUGGGAAUGGGACGUUAAAUGACACGGAAAAUGUUAAAAAUGCGGAGAGAUGCGACAUGUCCUUAGAAGUGGCAUGCAUUUUAUACACCUUCCAAUAAGACCACAUUGCAAAAUUCCAUACUAAGUGCGGAAAUAUGUUUUUCUGAUCUUUGGGUGAACUGUCCCUUGUUUUUCUACUUUCUACUAAACAUUCAACUCAAGGUCCAAUUCCUAGCUUUACCCAUGGAGAAUAUAAAAUAGUAAGUGGACCUUGAGUUAAGAUUAUUACUGCUACUACUGCUUCCAAGGUUAAGACCGACUCUUUUACUCUACCACGACAGUAUCAAUCACAAGCAAUGGCAUAUGUUGCACAAACAACUCAAAGGACUGUGUAGGAAUAAGCUAGUAUUCUUAUUAAACCUAUGCAUUCCACUUUGAAUAUACUUUGUAAUGUACUUCUUACACACCAAAACCAUGAAGGUUUCCAAUCCCUUUCUCUACUUCUUGAAAUGUUUUGAAUCAUGCCAUUCAUUUUUGAUAAAGUUGAUUUUUUUUCCCCAAAAGAGUAGACAGUAGUUUGUUUCCUGUCUUAUGUAAGCCAAUCUCAGAACCCAUUGGCUAUCAGUCUGACAAUGAUUUUGCCACUGGGGCCAACAGCCAAUAUUUCUGGAAUUGCGGUGUACCUGGAUGAUAUCUGGAUAACAGAUAUUUGGACCAAGACAUCCUCCUCCUUGAACCGGUCAUUGUUUACAGUCCAAUGAGCAAAUUGUUAGUUAACCUAAUAAAAAGCUAAAUCAUCGUGAGAUGAUAGCUAAGGUGUUCCGAGAUUAUAUUUUGGCCAAUGCUUUCCGCCUCUUUUGCUCACCACACGUUGUUUACCUGCAUGCAACCAAAGCCCGGUCAAACCUGAUUGGUCAAUACUAUUCGGACUACAAAUGGAAAACCACAACACUUCCCAUACAAAAAAUGUUGUCCUGUUGCCAAAAGAUUCUGCAUUCAUAUAUUUGUUAUAGAGGUUAGUAUAACA